AUGCGCCAGCUUAUUAGGUUUAUUAUUAUAUUAUAUAUGUGUGGGAUGGUUCGGACAUCCAAGGGAAGUGAUACUUCGGACGUGUCCGAAUCAUCCCACUUUUAAAGCCUUAAGACAAAAUAAUGUUUGUAUUCACGUGUAUACGAUUACAUCGAUCACACACACACACACACAGUGACAGACAAUGAUAGCUACGGUAUUAUUAUAACAACCAUUAUUUCUAUUGUUUUAGAGUGAGUGGCUAUGCAAGGACCUGCAGCAUGGGCCGAAAAUAUAAGAGAAAAACUGAUAAACAGCGGGAUCCUACUGCCUUUGAAAAUGCACUGAUGGAAGUUAAAGAGAAGGGUGCUUCAGUAAGGGUUGCUGCUGCUCUGUUCGGAGUACCUAGAAGCACACUUCAUGACUAUGUACAGAGAUCCAAAACCAGGCCUAUUGUUGACCAGACUUUUCAAUUAGCAAGUUACUCUGUUAGACAAGUACUAACUCCAAACAUGGAAAAGGAAUUAGCCACUUACUUAAAAGACUCCUCUAAACUGUUUCAUGGUUUAUCUACCAACACAACAAAACGGCUGGCAUAUGAAUAUGCUGUUGCUAACAAAGUUGGUGUUCCAGAAUCAUGGGCAAGGGAUGAAUCUGCUGGAAGAGAUUGGUUAACUGGAUUUCUUGAAAGACAAGGGGAUCUCUCUCUAAGAACCCCUGAAGCAACAAGUCUGGCUCGGAUGACAAGUUUUAAUAGAACUAACCUUGGCAUUUUUCAGACUAAACUAGAAGAGGUUCUACAGCGAUAUCAGUUAUCAGAAUCAUGCAUCUAUAACCUGGAUGAGACAGGAUGCACAACUGUUCAAAAAGUACCAAAGAUUAUUACACAGAAGGGUGUUCAUCAAGUUGGGCAGGUAACUUCACGUGAGCGUGGUGAGCUAGUAACAAUGGUUGGCAUUAUAUGUGCCAAUGGAAAUGCCCUGCCACCAUGUUUUAUAUUUCCACGAGUGAGAUUUGAUGAAGCUCGGAUGAUGAACGGUGUUCCACCAGCAUGCACAGGACUUGUUCAUCCCAGCGGGUGGAUGACGAGCAAGAAUUUUCUCAAUGUUUUACAGCAUUUUGUCUUGAAUUCUAGAUGCAGUCUGGAUCAUAAAGUUCUGCUCAUUAUGGAUAACCAUGAGUCGCAUCUCUCUAUAGAGGCGAUUGAUUAUGCAAGGGAACAUGGCAUUAUACUCCUGACUUUGCCUCCACAUACAUCAAACAAGCUCCAACCCCUUGACAGAACUGUCUAUGGCCCAUUUAAGACCUAUUACAAUCAGGGACUCAAUACGUGGAUGCUCCAGCACCCCGGACGUCCAGCAACUAUCUAUGAUCUGGCCCCAAUUAUGUCCACUGCUUGGGACAGAGCAGCAACACCAGUAAAUAUAAAAUCUGGCUUUCGUUCCACAGGCAUUUUCCCAUUCGACACUGGUGUCUUUCAAGAGGAGGAUUUUGCCGGGGCAUUUGUGACUGAUAGGCCUUUACCAAAUCAUCCAACUCCUUCAACCUCAGCAACUUCACAAGGAGCAACAGGACAGCCAGACCUUACACCACCAACUCAGCAGCAACCAACUUCGACUGUUCAUACACCCCAGCUAGAUCAGCCAUCAAGAGUUCAAACACAAGUCUCUGAUCCUCAGCAGUCCCAACAAUCUUCAUCUACUUCAGAUUUAAACAGAGAUGAGGAAUCAGCGAUUAUAGGCCUACUAUCUGGAGAAACAGCAACUGAUGAAUGUUCUCCUCAAGCCAAACCUAUUUCAAAUCCUGGCCCUCAACUGCAUGUUUCUCCUCGGGAUAUUCGACCCUUCCCAAAAGCUGCACCAAGGAAAGGGACAGUUAAAGGUAGAAAAAGCGAAAAAUGUAUGAUAGCAACAGAUUCUCCAGAAAAGUUUGAAAUUGAACAGAAACUAAAGAAAAGAAAUGAAACACAAGCAAAGAAAAAGAUAAAGUUUGCCAAAGAAAGUUCCAAAACACCAAAAAUAAAUGUAAAGAAGGCCCAGAGGGGAACACCCGAAGACCAAAGCAGUGAUGAAGACACACUUGAAACUGAACAUCUCUUAUCUGAAGAGCUCAACAAGUCUUCCGACUUCUCAGAGGAGGAAUUCGACGUCCCGGAAGUGGACUUCGUUGACAAAUUACCAGAGCAAGGAGACUUUGUUCUUAUUGGAAUAGAUCCAAUAAAAGGAAACAGAGUGCAUUAUGUAGGGCGUUUAAUCAGUGACAUGGAUGAGGAUGAUGAAUUUCAGGUUUCAUAUUUGAGAAAAUCAUUGAAAGCCUGUUCAAAUUCUUUCCAUUUUCCCAAUAUUGAGGAUGAAGCCUCUGUUCAUAGAGAUGCAGUGAUUGGAGUGCUACCAAAGCCAGUGCAGCAGAGUGCUAAAAGAAGCCAGGGCUAUUUUAAUUUUGUUUUAGUUUUGCUGGUUACAAUAUGCGUUGACAUUCAAGAUUUUCAGCAUUGCACCACUACCUCUGAACAGUCUAUAAAAAAUCCUGUUAGCAAUUUGAGACACUCUGGACUUCAGACUCUGCCUUCAGCUCUAAGCUAG